CCUUACUUUUCUCUCUUCCACUUCUCUUCGCCCCUCUCUCGUAACCUCUCAUUUCUCAAGAACAAAACAUAAUUUUUUUCCCUGAAAACAAAAGAAAAACAACUUUGGAAAUUCAAAUCGGUACGAGACGAAACCCUGUUGUGUUGUUCUUCAAGAAAUGUGUGAAAAUGCAGCGGAGAACGGUGACGAUUAAGUGGGAUCAGUUAGAUGACUUCAUUGAUGAAGACGAUGAAUUCUUUGAAAGCACGAAUCGUCUCUCGGCGGUUGUCCCUCUUGACAUGCCUUUAUCAGAAUUCGAUUAUGAUGAAAACGACCAAGAUUUUGAUGGUAGUAACGUUUCUUUAUCCAACAAACUUUCAUCGAUCAACUCAGUCAAGGAAAAUCAAAACUUUAUGGUUAAUUCUCAAUAUGACAUGUGGAUGGUUGCACCUGGGUCAAUCACCGACCGACGAAGGCGGCUUCUUGAGGAUAUGGGGUUGAACAACGACAAAGAUUUUACUCGGUUAACCACCAACAAAUUCAACAAAGCAUAUACGAAAAGAUUGGUUUCGACAAAACCUGUUAUCACUUCGCUAGACACAAAAAUAGCAGACGAAAAACCAAAUGUUGUUUCAAAUGUAAAAAAAUCUUCACCACCUUUAGAGGAAUCGAAACAUGUUGAACAAAAGCAGCAUGAGUCUCUCCCAUCGGCUGUGACUCAACCUCAACCUCCACCUCAGUCUCAAGCUCCGGCUAAACUUCAUUCACAGGCGCACCAUUCCCAACCUCAACCUGAACCACAACCACCACAACCUCGGCCGGCGCCUCAGGCUCAUGUUCAGACCCAAGCUCAAGCUUCCUCUUUGCCUGUACUGUUAAUCCGUUCUAGAUCAGAUGGUGACAUAGAUACAAGUUCCUUCAACACGAAACAACGGAAAGAGGAACUGAUUGGAUCAAUUUCUAAGCAACGCCUUACAAGAACAUCAUCUGAAUUGGUAACACCAUCUGUCGGAUUACCAUGUCAAUAUGCCAACGUUGUUAGAGUUUUCACACCAGGACGAACAAAAAAGUCUUCGGUUGCUAAAGCCAAGAACAAGGACAACACUAACAGUGCUACCACUAACACACAAUUGGAUUCUUUCUUCUUGAUCAAGAAUCUGGAUACAGGGAAAGAAUUUGUAGUUAAAGAAACCAAUGAGGAGGGCUGGAAUAAGGUGAGUGAUCUUCAAACGGGGAAGCAACUAACAAUGGACGAGUUUGAGAAAACCGUCGGGCAUUCACCUAUGGUGAAGGAAUUAAUGCGGAGAACAAGCCGCAAGAAAAACGGCAACGUCACCGGAAAAUUGGCCUCCACGAAUUCUUUAAUUAGCAAGAGCUUUAGAAAUAGCAAGAAGAAAGGGGCUGCAAUAUUGAAGACCAUAAAAAGUUCGGUGAAAGGAUCGAAGAAGUGUACUUGUGUAGAACAGAAAGCGUCAACUGACAAGAAUUCCAAUUCAGAAUGGGUGAAAGCUAGAGCUCAUGGUAAACCCGUGAAGGAAUUCUCAGCAUUGCAUCUAUGUCAAGAAAUCCAGCUGGCUCAUGAUGGAUCGAUUUGGACGAUGAGAUUCAGUUCUGAUGGUCAAUAUCUAGCCACCGCUGGGGAAGAUACAGUUAUCAAUAUUUGGGAAGUGCAAGAAUGCGAUGUUAUGUCAAUGCGAUUAGAAGACGUCGACAAGGGUUCAAUUACUCCUGAUAAUAGGCCACCAUUACCAGAUAGUUCACCCAUGCCCGCAGAUAAGAAAAAGAAAUCCAAGAACAGUAAAAAGAAAGGGGUUCCUGAUUACGCAAAGGUCCCCGAAACUAUGUUUGGGCUAUCAGAUAUACCCAUUUGUACGUUAGAAGGCCACAAAGAUGAUGUCUUGGAUCUAUCUUGGUCAAAAUCUCAGUUGUUGCUUUCAUCUUCCAUGGACAAAACUGUAAGACUUUGGGAUAUGGCAACCAAGAAGUGUCUGAAACAAUUUACCCAUAGCGAUUAUGUGACUUGCAUACACUUCAAUCCAGCAGAUGACAAUUACUUCAUAAGUGGUUCAUUAGAUACAAAGGUUAGAAUGUGGAGCAUACCCAGUCGAAAAGUCGUAGAUUGGAGUGAUGUUCAUGACAUGAUAACUGCUGUAUGCUAUUAUCCUGAUGGGCAGGGAGCCGUUGUUGGAUUACACAAUGGGGAUUGCAAGGCAUAUUGUACAGCUGAUUGCAAACUCGAGCAAAAGGAUCAAAUUGAGUUGCAUACCAAAGCAAAAGCCGACCCAAAGAAGAUAACCGGUUUUCAGUUUUCUCCAUCAAACCCAUCUGAAAUAUUGGUUACUUCUGCGGACUCCCGUAUUAGAAUUCUAGAAGGGUCACAUGUCGUGAAUAAACUCAUAGGUUACAGAAAUACUAGUAGCCAGUUUUUAGCUCAAUAUAGUUCAGAUGGGAAGUACAUAAUUUGUGCUAGUGAAGACUCACAAGUAUUCAUUUGGAAGCAUGAAAAACCAAAAAGUAGUGGUGGUGCUAAAUCCAAAUACGUGACCACUACUUCUUAUGAACACUUCCCAUGUACAGAAGUUACUGUCGUAGUACCAUGGUCUGGAAGCAGCAAACUUCAAAGGUUAGACAAUGAACCACAAUCCACUCGACACUCCAAAAGAUCAGCUCCAGAUCCUCAAAAGUCAGAGGAUAACGUACAAGCUAAGAAAUCAUCACAGUUGCCACCAGUUCCUAAAAACAGUACAGAAAAAGGCUCAAAUUCCACUGUAGACAACUCAGAACAACCUUCUCGUAAUGAGUCAAGUAUCGGGGUUAGCGAUUCCGGUGAUACGUCGUCGCGGUUAGAUGGUGGUAAUAACAAUACUGCACAGUCUACAGCGUGGGGGUUGGUGAUUGUGACUGCGGGAGUGGGUGGUGAGAUCAAGGUUUAUCAAAAUGUUGGGUUGCCGGUUAAGGUUGGAACAAAUUUGUUUUAAGAACUCAAUAAUUCCAACGUUUUCUACUAUUAGCAUUCGUAAGUUGUAAAUAUGUACAAAGGAUUUAGAGAGAAUGAGAGUAAAUCAGGUAGUUAUGUAGAAACUGAGGGCUAAAUAUGAGAUUUAUGUGGAAAAGAGCAUUUUUAUUUUUGUUGAACAACCGAGUUUUAUUGAGACUAGAAAGAGCUAGUCCGACAAAAUGAAACAAUUAUUGUUAGUGUAUCAGAUGGUGCGAAGUGGUCGCGUUUUUAUAUAUGUUUGAGUUUUUUUUCUUUCCAUAAUGUUUGAGUUUUUUUUUUUUCUUUCCAUAACUGUUAAUAUGUGAUUUCAUAUGUAUUUUACAUGGUGUGAGAACGUUGUGGCUUAUACAUCCUUCUUUGACCUUAUCGAGCCACCGUCUCUAAAAAAUGAGUGAUAGUGUAUUUAAUAUUGUGUGAAGCGGUCUUUAUGUCUAGAUUUAUAUAUGUUGGAGUCUCAUUUCUUUUCGCAAUAGCUUUUUAUUUUAGUUAAUAAGUGGCUCCACAUAUAUUUUACA